AUGGAUAUUGUUUCGAACAAUGGCACCGCUGGCUGGGUAUCCGGGCCCAACACAAGGGGAACGAUGGACAUUAUUUGGUCUUCAAUCUUAACUGUUUUUCUGUGCACUUGGACAGCAGUCUGUUUGAAUCUCCCCAGUCCAAAAGAUAACCAAUUUCAAAUUCUUUGUCGCCGGGCGAAAUGGAUGUUCUGGGCCAUCGUCUCCCCAGAGUUGGUCCUUGCCGUCGCCAUCGGUCAAUAUGCUUCAGCGCGACGAUCUGUGAAGCGGUUUCGCAAAUUAGGCAUGAAAGAAGAUAGAUGGAGCCUUCGGCAUAGCUUCUACGCUGACAUGGGCGACAUGCUCCUUCAGCCAAGCGACAGUACACCGUUUUUGGCUACUUGGUUGAUGAUUCAAUUGUUUGGCCGGUUGAUUCUCAAACUCCCGAUCACCACAUUGGAACUAUCCGCAGGCGCUAUCGUCAUCUGCACUUUUGGAACCUUCAUCUGCUGGAUGCAUAAGCCUAGCGACGUCAACACUGGGAUCGUGCUGAAUAUGGAGUCCAGCACUGCGGAUAUUCUUAUCAAUGCCGGCGAUCUCGCUGCCACACCUUACCGUCAUACGCCGCUUGAUUUUGUUGCCAAGCAGUCGUUCACCUUUGGCUACGACGUGAUGGGCUUCUUCGGUCUACUCCUUGACGACUCUGAGAGGCCAUUGCGGCGAUUUCCGGAUGAUCGAUUCCCAGACAUCGGCACCUUCGAGAAAUUCGCGCUCUUUUGUUUGACGUCGGCAUUCGCUUCGUUUCAUUUGAUCGGAUGGAACUUCGUCUUUCCUUCCAGAGUGGAAAGAAUUCUUUGGAGAAUAUCAAGCUCUGUUGUCACAGUAACCACGGUACUUUACUGGGUCUUUGAAACUAUUGCUGCUCGUCAGCGAUUUGGUAGAUGGGACAAGUACCUGGUCUGGUUGCGGAUAAAAAGCCCACCGCCGCAACAAAAGAUCGAUGCUGAAGUGGCUCUAGCGCGUCAGGAUACCGUCUCUCGCAUGGAUGCUUUUGAAAAAGAGCAAUGGGAGGCAAAACCCAUAUUGCGUUGGGAAGGACUCAUCAUACUGCCAAUAAUUCUCCUUUAUGCUAGUGCUCGGGGAUAUAUGAUUGUCGAGGUUUUUAUGAGCCUUCGCCGGCUACCAGUCGGUGCUUUUACAACUUUCGAGUUCACGGACAUGUUGCCCCAUUGGUGA